CAGGUGAAACAAUGAAGUAGCAAUACUGUUUUAAGACAAAGAAAUGCAGAGCUGACAUUAAGUGACACCAGCAAAUCAAUCUUACUGUAUGUCCCUUUUUGGAAACAUACUACUAGCAAGCUGCCAUUAGAUGUUAGGAAGUGGCCUGUAUUGUCUAAAUUGACAUUUCGCUUUUUGCUUGAAUUUGGGAAUUUGCUAUGUGCAUGCGAAAGUGCAACUGCUUCUUAGACUUCUGUGCCACCAUUCAUGGAAUUCCAAACUCCCUAAAAAAAAAAAACUUUUGCCUGGUUAUUCACAUAACAACGCAAACUUGCAAUUUGAACUUGAAGACUAACGAAAGAAUAAAAACAUUUCUCAUGAAAAAUGUCAACAAAGGAACAAAGCCCUCGACACAACGUUAAAGCCAGGUCAAUGCAGCGAGCUUCAACGUUUGAUAUGUCUUCAGAUAUGUUAAGUUUAUCUCUUACAGCUAACAGCCAGGAUCCGGACGAACCAAUUUUGGAAUUUAGUUUAGCUUGUAGUGAAUUGGUCACUCCCUCCUUGGACAGGAAGCCUAAUAGUUUUGUAGCAGUAAGUGUAACAACCCCUCCACAAGCCUUCUGGACCAAGCAUGUACAGACUGAGAUUAUAGAGGGUACCAACAAUCCCAUAUUUCUAAGUAGUGUUGCAUUUUUCCAGGAUUCUCUCAUCAAUCAAAUGACGCAAAUUAAACUUUCAGUGUAUGAUGUCAAGGACAGAUCUCAGGGAACUAUGUAUCUGUUGGGUUCUGCUAUGUACACAGUAAAGGAUUUGUUGAAAGAAAAGAAUCACCGAUUGCACCUAACACUUCGGUCUGCUGAAAAUGAGCGUGUGGGUAAUAUUACCGUGAUAGCUUGGCAGAUGGAAGGCAAAGUUGAGGACAAGAUUCCUGCAAGCCGGUCACCUGACACCACCAAUGGAAGGAUGGUUUUGCCAGUUGAUGAAAGUUUAACGGAAUCGUUGAGUAUUCGUUCAAAACACUCUACAUUGAAGAAAGAUCCACUAUUACGAUCAGUGUUUGGAGGGGUUAUCUGUCGGAUGUAUCGUUUCCCUACAACGGAUGGGAACCACUUACGAAUACUGGAACAGAUGGCAGAGAGCAUGUUAUCACUGCAUAUCCCAAGACAAUUUGUAAAACUAGUUAUUGAAGAAGAUGCAGCAAGGAUAUGUGAACUAGAUGACCUAGGCGAGCUAUCUCCCUGCUGGGAGAAUCUUCGAAAACAAAUUGUUACUCAGUAUCAGACCCUCAUAAUAAAUUACCAGGAGAAUUUAACAGAGCUGCAUCAAUAUAAAGGUCCAUCUUUCAAGGCAAGCAGUUUAAAAGCUGAGAAGAAAUUAGAAUUUGUACCUACUAAUUUGCACAUUCAGCGGAUGCGGGUUCAAGAUGACUCGGGGACAGUUCUCUGUGUUCUUUAUGCCACAGAUCAGACGUAUGACAUAAUUACUAUUGGGGCGCCAGCAGCUCACUGCCAGGCCUUCAAAUCUGGUGGCUUACGAAAACUUCUGGUCAAGUUUGUGGAAGCAAAGAAAAAUUCAUCAUCUAGCUCCCAGUCUAUAGUAUACAUACCACAAGACAUAAUAAGAGCUAAAGAGAUUAUAGCAAGCAUUAAUACCCUUAAAACGCAAGUCAGUUAUUAUGCAGAACGACUGUCGAGAGCAGCCAAGGAGAGAUCGGCAAAUGGCCUUGAAAGAACACUUGCUAUUUUGGCAGACAAGACAAGGCAGCUUGUCACUGUUUGUGACUGCAAGUUGCUGGCGAAUGCAGUUGAAGCCCUUAACGCUGCCAGACCCAAUUAUAUCGCUUCUAAAUCAUCCCCAUCAGGAGAAGCAGAUCAAGUGAUGCUGAGAAAUGACCAGGAUACACUCAUGGCCAAGUGGACAGGCAGGAAUAGCCGUUCUUCCCUACACAUCCGUUGGCAUGAGGAGGAAUGGGAGAAGGUGUGGCUUAAUGUUGAUAAAAGUUUGGACUGUAUUAUUCAGAGGGUGGACAAACUUCUCCAGAAGGAGCGGUUACAUAGUGAUAGCUGUGAAGAUGUUUUUCAGUGUGACACUACCUCUACCAGCAAGAAAGGUAACCAAGAAUAUCGUGCAUACUGGAUAAAUCCAGGGGACUUAGAUGAGAAAUGUUCUCGAUCUCCAUCGUCAUGUCGUUCAUCCAAUAACAGAGCUGCGUAUUGCCACUCCACUGCAGAGGAGCCUACUGAAGGUGAAUGGAGUGAAGCACUUUAUCCUCUGUUGACCACACUCACUGACUGUGUAGCCAUGAUGAGUGACAAAGCAAAGAAAGCUAUGGUCUUUCUACUAAUGCAGGAUAAUGCUCCAACUAUCGCAAUGGACUUAACUAUCCAGUACCGCCGAGACGUAGUCUUCUGUCAGACUCUGACAGCCCUGAUCUGUGGUUUUAUUAUUAAACUAAGAAACUGCCUUCGUGAUGAUGGAUUUUUGCGCCAACUUUACACCAUUGGCUUGUUGGCACAAUUUGAAGGUCUUUUAAGUACAUAUGGGGAGGAACUUGCUAUGCUUGAAGAUAUGAGUACAGGAAUUAUGGAUUUACGAAACGUGACUUUUAAAGUAAUCCAAGCUAUGUCUACUUCAUCAAUUGAUAUGCUGCCAGUCAUUACUGGAAACCGAGAUGGAUUUAAUGUGCGAAUACCACUACCAGGUGCUAUGUUUGAUGCUUUACCUCGGGAAAUACAGAGUGGAAUGUUACUUCGAGUGCAGCCAGUGCUUUUUAAUGUGGGUAUCAAUGAGCAGCAAACACUCGCAGAAAAGUUUGGAGACACAUCCUUACAAGAAGUAAUUAAUGCAGAGAGCUUGGGCCGCCUGAAUUCCUACUAUGAACAGUUUAAGGAGGUUUUGCCUGACGAUUGUUUACCUCGAUCCCGGAGUCAGACAUGUCUGCCUGAACUAUUGAGAUUUCUUGGCCAAAAUGUUCAUGCAAGAAAAAAUAAGAAUGUAGACAUCCUUUGGCAAGCCGCUGAGAUUUGUCGUAGAUUAAAUGGAGUUCGAUUUACAAGCUGUAAGAGUGCCAAGGACCGAACAGCAAUGUCGAUCACUUUGGAACAGUGCCUGAUCUUGCAGCAUGAGCAUGGAAUGGCACCUCAAGUCUUCACACAGGCCCUGGAUUGCAUGAGGAGCGAGGGAUGUCGCCGAGAAAACACGAUGAAGAAUGUUGGAUGUCGCAAGUACGCAUUUAAUAUUCUACAAUUGAAGGCUUUUCCAAAACAUUACAGACCACCAGAAGGAACGUUUGGAAAAGUCGACACUUAAAAAUAGGAAAAAGACCUUAACCAAAUGUGACUCUGAAUGACUGCUCAUUUCUAGUAAUAGUUGUGGGGCUUUUACAGUGAAACAUACAUAGUAAAGAUAGCUGUGAACCAAAAAAAGAGUACUUUGUUGAACAGUUAAAUGUUUCUUGAAGAUGUAAUUGUUCCACAAUCGCCCAAUUUGGUCUUUUUCCUCUGCAUAUGUAGCGCAUGCUUUUUGGCUAGUUUGUCAAUAUGUAAUAUAGUACAUGAUAGAGUAGAUUGUGGAACUGCCAUUUAAUAACAAUUUUUGUUUUAAAAAGUAAUUGAAGCACACAGGAAGGAAAUGUCCCUUAGUGAAAGCAGUACACAAUGGUUAGACAUUGACUAUUAUUGUAGAGCUGAGAGUAAUCAGUUCCAAUUCUGUGCACGUUUGAGGUGGCUUACUAGGUAAGAGUCUUAGUUUCGUGUUUUACAAAGAACAUGUCAUACAGGACUUGAAGGUGCGUUUUUCAGUACUUUUGGGAAUGACAGAACUAUUUGCUUGAGCUUUCCAAUUCACAGUCAUCAAUACAGAUGAAUCAAAACAUUGUGCAUUGUGUUUGCAGUUCUGGAAGGAGAAAAGGAGUUUUUUUUUCUCUUGCGGAAAAUUCAUGCUGAAGUUUCCAGAUUUCAAAUGCCUUUGAACAUGAAAGAAAUAAGAAAAGGCCAUGCAAUUCAUUGACGCUUGUCUCUGUGCAUACUCCAGCUUCUCUCACAUUAGAAACAUUCAAAUUUGCUUUAAAUGUUUUGCAACCAUUCUUGUUUCUGCAACCGGUUCCCUUUAUACUCACUGCUCAGUAAUUAUUUGUUAGCCAUAAUCAUAAGUCUAUCCUUGUGGUUUAAUAAUAAAUCCCUGAUCCCUUGUCGUAUUUUGUUUAUCCUCUAUAAAGACUUUUUUUUCUGGCUUCAUGACAAUAUUGUAAUAUUUUUUGACUGUGAGCUCAGCUAUAAUUUUACCUUGACUAUAAAGGAAGGAAUGUAUAUUAAAAUAACUAUUGUUUAAACAUAGCAUUUUGAUCAGAUCAUUUGUAUUUGCAUGCACCUUGAUUGAUUUUAAGGCAAAUGGCUGUCGCAGAGCAUUUUUUAUUUCCUUAAGGUGCCCUAAAAUACGUCUGGGAAAUGUGGAAUUUGUCUAAGUACAGCUCACCAGGGGUCAUUGAAGAGUUAUAUAGUUUAAGUAUGGUUUGAAAAGUUACACUGUGGUCUGUGGCAUCUAGAAUGCAGUGCAUAUUUGCCAGACUCUUAACAAUGGUACGCAUUCCAAAUGCUUCUGUGUAGGUAUAUGCAAUUAGACAAAUAUGGAAGUUAAUGUUGUAUGAAUUUCUACAUUUCAAGGCACAUGCCUGCAUUAACAUCCAUUCUUCAAAGUAGCCUUCCGUCCUUGUAUAUAACACCCUAAUAGAUCGAGUAAAAUGCUUUUUCAUUGCACUGUUGAUUUUUAAGGGAAUGGCACACAAUUUAUUUACAAGGUUUACAGAAUUUUUAACCUUUUUUAUGUCGAACAUAUUUGUUCCUGUUUUACAUGAUGCAAAAGGAAGUUGACACAAAAUUUUACUAAGCAAAUUGUGCAGAAGGGUAUUAUAAUUAUUUUUUGUUUUACCAUUGCUCGUAAAGUAUUGCAUUUCAUAUAAAGAUUCUCUCCAUUUACGGCAUGGAACAUAGGAUUAAAAAACUACACCACUAACGUCACUAGAAGACCAAUCAGUCAUAAUGAAUUUCUAAACCGCUCUGCAGGUCAAGUUUGCUCACUUUCAGUUUUGUUUAGUUUCUCAUUAGGGCGAUUUGUGUAACAUUGGAACCUUUUGAUUCAAUUCAAAAGCAUCAAUCAAAGGUUUCUAUUAUUAAGUAGAAAAUGGUCUGUUUGGAAAGCUAUUAAGGUCUUAGUUGAGAAUAUUGUAAUAAAAGAAAACUAAGUUGUACUUGUACACAGUUUAUUAUGUUGUAAAGUUUGCCAGUUCUGUAAAUUGAUGUGUAAUGCAUAUCAUAGCCAUGUUGACUUGGGGAUGCAGUUAUGAUUUAAGUCAUUUUUUUAAUGUAUAUAAUGUAUAUGAACAACCAUUCCGUCCAAAACUGUUCAUGUUCCAUGUAAUCUUUUUGCAAAUUUUAUUUAUUUAUGUUUGCAGUAUUCAUACUGUUUAAAGCAUUUUACCAGUGGAAUUAUUUUUGUUUCCUGUGAUCACUUAGAUUCACGUAAGCUGUAUAAUGUGCUUCUCCAAGUGGUAUGAAAUAUUAAAAGGAAACUGACAAAUUGCUUGUGUUCAGUUGUGCUGUAAGACAUUGUUAUAUCACACAAUAAGUUGCAAGUAUUUCCAGAUAAACUAUUCUAAUCUGA